AUGCCCGUUACCGAGAUCUUGCUGUUGCGACAUGGCCAUCGCCUUGCAUGGACACUGAACCCCGUCACAGGAGAAUAUGGUUCAAAUCAUCCUUACCCGACAGGCCUGCCGGCAGAUCCUCCCUUGGCCUCGCAUGGCGUGCAGCAGGCUCGAGAAACGGCGAAACAUCUCGGCAACGUGCUGGCUGAUGUCGCCAGGUCAGACCGACUCAGGAUAUAUUCCAGCCUUUUCUACAGAUGUCUAGAAACCCUGCGACCGACGGCCGAGACACUCCUCGAGAUUAGCCCUCCAGACUCACUCGCGAGAGAACGACUAAAAGUACGAGGUGAGAGAGGCAUUGGGGAAUGGUUCGGUCGUGCAUGGUUUGUCCAACCCAAGCCUGCAGAGCCUUCCAGACUGCGCAAGGAGUUCUUUCACUGGCUGGACGAUCUGUACCACUCCAGGGUUAUUCCGCCAGAACACGGCGAAAGAAUCGAGCCCUUGCACGAUCGUGUUGCCCGAGCACUGGCCCAGAUAGUGCAAGACGUGGAUGAAGAAUACGUUAACGCCGGACGUGGCGAUGAAGAGGUCACACUGCUACUCUGUGGACACGCCGCCCAGAUCAUAGCCAGCGGCAGGGCUUUGACGGGCCAAGUGCCGGAUGACCUGGACGAGGAGGAUUUCAAGUGCUUUACAUGUGGUCUCAGCAAGUUUGUCCGCAGGCAGGGUCCCGUUGCAGGUGAGCCAUAUUACGACGAUGACUGGCGCAACAGUGGAGGCGUCGCCGGCGGAUGGGACUGCAUUCUCAACAGCGACUGUAGUCACUUGUCGCAAGGGGAAGAACGGGGCUGGCAUUUCCAUGGCGAUGAGAGUUUCGAUUCCUAUGAGGCGUCCGGUGGGAUAGGAAUCAAGACCUCCAAUGGAGAGCGUUCGUCAAAAUUAUGA